GCAGUACCAUCCCUAGGCAUGAGGUAAUUUGUUUGGCGGAUGCUGUUUGUGUCAAGGAGAGAGCGAAAGACACAGAGAAAGAGAAUUGGGGAGACAGACGGACAGUGAGCGAGCGAAUGAGGGGAAACAGACAGUGGGUGAGAGAGGGGGAAGGAGAGACAGACAGAGAGAGGAGGGAGAGGAGAGGGAGAGAGACGGGGAGGUGUGUCUGUGAAGGAGGAUAGGUAAAACCAGUCAAGAGAGAGUUCCUGCUCUGGCUGACAGUGAGGAAGGAUCAGAGGGAGGAGCGGUGCAUUAAGGCCGAAGCACAACCAUAGCAACCGUCCUGAGGGAGGGGGUUGGCCGCAAUGAGAAAUAAACUGCUGAUAACGCAGCAGCCUAGAUGAAUCGUAACCUGUGGUUUGUCAAAUAACAGCUUCGGUGCUCAAUUCAUUCAGGUGGAAUAUCACCAGAACAUCUCGCUGAGGCCUUCCUGAUCCUGUGAAUCUCCUUUAAUAUCUCUUAGGAAUGAAUGGAUUGGCUGCUGGAAGUCUUGAGGCUACAAUUUUAAACGCUAUUGAUGGAUUACAUGAUAAAAUAGCAAUUUGAAGAGCUGCCGUUGGAUCAUAUGGAAAUCAGGGACAAAAAAUAGUGCUUGUUGGGUGUCCAACCUCAAUAUUUAUAAAUCUUGUUGGCCACAUAGUUCCUCUAGAAUGGCAACCUUUCUCUUUAGUUGUAGGAUAUCUCCAACAAUGUUCAGACCCAUACUGAGAGCCACUGUCUCGAUAUCACGCAGUCCUGCAUUGAAAAUAUCUUUCAGGGUGAAGAAAUUACCCAAGCUUACUUUUGCUUGUCUAGGUCUCGGAGUUUCGUCAGUUGCAAACUCCCAGAAGAUGGUCACCGUGGAGGCAAAAGUGCUACACUGGCCAAAUUCAGGGGCUGCACACUCAUUUUUGAAAGAUCUAUUCUGGAAGCUACGUUUCACUUUCCAUGUGGCUAUCCGAGCUGUGAUCCUGCUGUUGAGGUUUGGUCCUUUGUUGCUGCUGUAUCCAGUUUGUUUUACGUCUUCCAGUUUUGCUUUGCUCUGGUGUGAUUUGCUAUUGAGAUCCAUAGAGGCUGCAGGCCCUACUUUCAUUAAACUGGGUCAGUGGUUCAGCACCAGAAGAGACCUCUUCUCAGUGGAGUUCUGUGAUAAACUCUCCAGACUACAUGCCCACGUCACGCCGCACCCUUGGGACUACACUGAGUAUUGUAUGAAAAGGGCCUUUGGAGAGGGCUGGAGGAACAUAUUUCAGAUUGAAAAUAAGGAACCAAUCCGAUCAGGCUGCAUUGCUCAGGUCUAUAGAGCUUACAGUGAUCCAAGGAACAUUAAUAACUCUGAAUUUCAGAAACUUGCAGAAAGCUUUGAAAAAGCGGACCAAUUUGAAGCCUGGGAAGUGUUUGGGCUUCGGGGGAUGUUUCAUUAUAUGUUUGGUAAAAAACAGAAUGUGUUUCCAGAUCAGAUCAAUGAAGUUAGCCAUCAUGAUCCCAAAAAUGGGCCUGAAACUGUUGGGGAAUUCAUUGGGAUGCCAGAACUGGAGGAUGGAAAGGCAACCCUUCAUCCUGAAUCAGCAGUACAGCAGCACCAUCUCAUUACAGUGGCUAUCAAGGUGAUGCAUCCUGGGAUAGCACAUCGAGUCAACAUGGAUCUGAUGCUGAUGAAAGCAGCAAGCUGGGUUCUCAAUCUUCUGCCAGGUCUGAAGUGGCUGAGCUUGACUGAAGUACUGGGAGAGUUUGAAAAGCUCAUGACACAACUGAUUGACCUGAGAUACGAGGCAAAGAAUAUGGAGAGAUUCCGAGAGAAUUUUCAGGAUAUGGAAUCUGUCAAGUUUCCAAUACCUCUCAGGCCAUUUGUCACAAGAACAAUUCUGGUUGAAACCUUUGAGGAGAGUGAACCCAUCUCGAUGUACUUGACAAAGGAUUUACCUAACAUGUUGAAGCAGAGGUUGGCAAGAGUCGGGCUGGAAAUGCUGCUGAAGAUGGUAUUUGUGGAUAACUUUAUUCAUGGAGACCUUCACCCUGGAAAUAUCCUCAUCCGGGGGGCUGAUCAGUUCAACCUACAAAAUGAUGACAAGACAACCAUUGUAGACUUAUGCGAUACACUCAUUGUUAACGUGCAUUCAUCCCAAUGUCCAUUAAAGCUUAUUGUUUUAGAUACUGGCAUUGUUACUGAACUCCAACCAUCUGACUUACAUAAUUUCAAGGCUAUCUUCACUGCUGUAAUUGAAGGGCAGGGUGAACAGGUUGCAGAAUUACUGCUGACCCAGGCCAGAACCAGUGAAUGCCGGGACAUACAACUGUUGAAAUCUGAAAUAGAAAAGCUCUUCAGCGAAGCCAAGAUGAGGACAGGUUCUCUGGGAGAGCUCCAUAUUGCAAGUUUACUAUCUCAGGUUUUGGAGACACUCCUUGUACACAAGGUCAAGGUGCAAAGUAACUUUGCCUCCAUCAUCUUUGCCUUCAUAGUCUUGGAGGGCCUCAGUCGUUCUCUGGAUCCCAGGCUGGACUUAUUGGAAGUGGCUAGACCUUUGCUACUGAAGAACGCCACAGAUUAUACCGACAGACCUGUCCUGAGAGAACAUGGAAUGUCGCACUGGAAAAGGUGUCAUGGCCUUCUUCAAGGAGACGCAUUUGAAAGGAAGAUUGGACAGAUGCAAAAGACCGAACUUUAAUCUUCUGUGGUUGCAGAGACAAAAGACUGAUUACCAUGUCUGAACAAGGAUCUAAAAUUCGUCUCUUGUUAAUUCAUAUCUCAGAAUGUAUAAAAUGGUCAGAGAUCAAAGAAAACCGACUCUGGCGGAAAGACAUAGCUUUUAUUCCUUGCAGGAAUACACAGAGAAAAAUGGGUUAAAAAGCUAGCUGCAGAGCAGUGCUAAGUGCUGUAAGAGUGACAGCACAAGAAGACCAACCAGUCACCCCUGCAAUCGCAGGCAAAGUCUCUCUCUCUCCCUCCCUCUGUUGCUGGAGGCAAGGACAGCUUCUUCAGCCAACCUGCAGAACCAAGGGUCUCCAAACUGUCAAACCACCAAUCGCUACUGGAAUCACCCAACUUAAUGGUUGCAAAGUUUCACCAUCCAAGCCUCACGGACAAGUCAAAGAAGGAUUGGUUUAUCUUUUUAAAUUUUUAUUUGGACUCUUAACUUCUCAUUUCUCAUCUGUGUGUAUGUUUGUUGCAUUUUUUAUUAUUUU